CCACGCAGCGCCCAAGAUGAGCUGGUCAGGAUUCAAAAAGUCCAUCAACCGCGCCGGGACGGGGAUAAUGAUGAAGACGGGCCAGGUGGAACGCACGGUAGACAAUGAGUUUGCAGACGAGGAAGCCAAGUAUCGUCAGCUGGAGAAGGAAUGUCAAACAUUGCAAAAGGAGGCAAAGGCCUACCUCGACUCAAUGAGGAGCCUCGCCUCCUCCCAAGCCCGAAUGGCAGAAGCCAUCGAUGGCAUGUUCACAGACUCGUCCGACGCAGCCAUGGCCGCUGGCGCUUAUCGUCGUGCAGUCGAGGAGCUGGACACAAAGACGGCCCGCGAACUCGAUGCGCCUUACCGGGCUACUGUCCUCGAGCCCGUAGGGAAGCUGUGCAGCUAUUUCCCGGAGAUCAACAAGAAUAUCGAAAAGAGAAAUAAGAAGCUCCUCGACUACGACGCCGCCCGCAGCAAGCAUCGCAAGCUAAUCGACAAGCCCUCGGACGACCCUGCUAAGCUCCCCCGCGCCGAAAAGGAGCUCAAUGACGCGCAGCUCCUCUUCGAGACGCUCAACACGCAGUGCCUCGAGGACCUGCCUCAACUCGUCGAUCUCCGCAUCCCUUACCUUGACCCAAGCUUCGAAGCCAUGGUACGGAUGCAGGCCAAAUUCUCUGAAGAGGGUUACGAGAAGAUGGGUGGAGUGCAACGAUUCUUUGCUGAGGGGGUGCGAGAGGAGUAUGCGGAUGGAGGGCUGGAUGCGCAGGUUGAAGGGGUUCUGGCGGAGAUGCGGGAGAUGAGUAUUUGUGGGUUGGCAGCGUAGCCCGCGACGGGAGAAUGCGAUUCUUCUUUUUUGAUAUCA